GUAAUAUGAGAAAAUAGAGCAUCCGAACUUGCUUGUGACCCUCAAUGCGAAAGCGAUAAACAUACAAACUAAACUUCAACCGUAGCAAAUAAUUUGUAGAAAAUACUCUUCAACACAGUUUUAUAGGCGGUAUCGACAGGAUAUAUCGACGAUGUCUGAGAUAUCCAAGUUAGAUGCUGUCCUCUCUAGCCUACCCGAUGACAUGGAGAAGUCUGGUGUCGCUGCCACCAGCUUGCUUCAGCAGAAGGCAAUCGACGUUAGAAACAACAGAGUGAAUUGGCAGUCGUACAAACAAAGCCAGAUGAUUUCCAUUGAGGACUACAAUUUUAUCACGAUGUUUGACAAUACCACCGCAGAGAAGAGGGCGGCCAUACUUAAGACACACAGCCACCAGUGUGCAAAGACGUUCCUCAGUCUGAUGGGGCAUAUAGCUAAGGACCAGACGGUGCAGUACAUUCUCACGAUGGUGGAUGAUAUGCUACAGGUAAGGUCUAAGAUAAAAUAUUGCUUGUUUCCCCUUUACCGACCGACUGGCCAAAACGCCACGAGUCGAAUCAUCGCUAAGAUCGCGUGCUGGAACCGUGAGCCGAUGGAGGGAGCUGAUCUACAGUUCUACCUCAACUGGCUCAAGGAGCAGCUGAGACAGUCGGGUAACGAGUUUUUGCAGACGGUGGCGCGCUGCUUGCAGAUGAUGCUGAGGGUGGACGAGUAUCGCUUCGCAUUCGUCAGUCUCGACGGAAUAUCGACGUUGAUAUCGGUGCUGGCUGGCAAGGUGAACUAUCAGAUCCAAUAUCAACUCAUCUUCUGUCUCUGAGCGUUCUGACGUUUCAAUCGACGCCUCCGGAAAGGAUGAACGACUGACAACAUCGUCCCGAUCCUCUCCGACAUUCUCAGCGAGCUCGAUCAAGGAGAGGUCACGCGGUCACGCAACCUUCUGGAGAAGCCGGAGGAGCGAGACAUCGUUCAGGACAACGCGAUCGCGAUGGUGUCAUGCAAGGUGCUGAAGCAGCUGUCGUUGCUCGACAAUCACAAGUCGGACGAUCCGGACCUCAGCGAUGACAUCGCCUUCCUCAACGAGAAGCUGCUCGCAGAGGUGCAGGACUUGCAGUCUUUUGAUGAAUACUCAUCUGAGGUGAAGUCUGGGCGGCUGGAGUGGAGUCCCCGUUCACAAGUCGGAGAAGUUUUUGGCGUGAGAACGCGGCCCGCCUCAAACGAGAAAACUACGAGCUGCUUUAAGAUCCUCUUCAAGCUGAUGGAGACAAUGAAGGAUCCACUGAUACUCUCCGUCGCCGCUCACGACUUCGGCGAAUACGUGCGACACUACCCACGUGGCAAACAGGAGUACCUGGGCAGGCAGCUUGCCACCAGUGACCCGACCACCGCAGCUAUACCGCAGGCAUCGUGA